AUGACUCUGACGACUCACAUACUUCGCCGCGGGCUUGAAGCUGCCCAUGGAAUACAUGGGGCGAUGUCCGAUGCCGACCAAGGAGAUGAUGGUCAUUCCGGCGGGGAAGCACCGUCUCGCGUCUCGCCUUGGGCUGCUCUGUUGUUCUUCCUGACUGCUGUCAUUCUUAUGGCUGCCUUAUUCUGUAUUGCCUACACCUAUGGCCACGUCAUUCCCACGCUGUGCAUGAUCGAAGCCCCCGAGACCGAAACCUACCUUCCUGUCGAUGUCAUUGACCCUACGGAACCUCCGCCAUACUCUCCAGCUGCUCCACCAAAGCCAACGGAUGGCGCUGCGGACGAUCUGGAAGGCAAUGCUCACGCUGAUCACGAAGUUCUCCUCAUCCGCAACAAGCCAUAUACAUCUUCCAUCCGUCAGACCCUACUGCACCUGAGGGCUCGAGCAGGGUACUGGUCUCGACUCCGUGGUCUGUCCAUGUUCAUUGUCUGGAAUUUGGUCAGUGGCUUGCUUGUGGCGAUCUUCGGUGCGGCUACUGGCAGCCGGAUCGGCGUUGCAUUUAUUGCCGUUGUGGUCGAAACUCUUCUGUCCAAUCUGCAUAUGGCGUGGGUACACAUUGUUAUAUCCGAAUCUCGACCCAAAAGAUGGUAUCAGCGCAUCCCUGCGCUCAGGACAUGGACCAAGAUUGCGCCCGCCGUGGCAUUGUGGGCGACAACCAACCAGAUUGUGUCUAUUCUUCCCAUCCUGGUUUGCGGCUCGUUUGGGUCCCUGAAGCAUAUGAACGAUCCCGCGUAUGAACCUGGAAAGAAGGACCUUUAUGCUGUCGGCGCACAAGGGUUCAUGGGUGUGUUCCUAAUGUUGGCACUGUUUGUGCUUUUGCAGAUUCCAGCCACAGUUACCCUUGUGAGGGUUGCUGCCUCGAUGCUACCAGAAGAAGACGAAACCAUUGUUCCGUUUGACCGCACUUUCGGUGGAAGGACGACCCCGGCCAUCAUUGGGGGUCAAGGCAAGAUUGGCCUGGUGGAGGCUUGGAGAAGCUUCCCAUGGGCAAGUCGCAUCCGAUUGCUGAAGCUCAUGAUUAAAGUGGCGCUCAUAAUGAUGGCUUGCUGGCUUUUGUUCACAACCGUGAUGGUUGCUGAGGCUCACAUCAUCUUUGGGGAACAGCUUGGUGAGGUAAUGAAGGCAAUGCAUGGUAUGACUGGCCCUCAUUGA